ACUAUCCCUGUAUCACCAAACCCUUGCUGGCUCUUAUGGGCAUGAAACACUCCUCCCGCUGCCUGCUCCUAAGGAGGAAAAUGGCGGAGAACGCUGCCGAGAACACCGAGGUGAGCAGUUCCCCCCCGCAACCCCCUCAACCCGUCGUCCCACCCAAGCCUGUGCAAUGUGUCCAUCAUGUGUCCACUCAACCCAGCUGCCCAGGACGGGGUAAGAUGUCCAAGCUGCUGAACCCAGAGGAGAUGACCUCGAGAGAUUAUUACUUCGACUCCUAUGCCCACUUUGGGAUCCAUGAGGAAAUGCUGAAGGAUGAGGUGCGGACACUCACCUACCGGAACUCCAUGUACCACAAUAAGCAUGUGUUCAAGGACAAAGUGGUGCUGGACGUUGGGAGUGGUACCGGGAUCCUUUCCAUGUUUGCUGCCAAAGCAGGAGCCAAGAAAGUGUUUGGGAUCGAAUGUUCCAGUAUUUCUGACUACUCAGAGAAGAUCAUUAAAGCCAAUCACUUGGACAACAUCAUCACCAUAUUUAAGGGUAAAGUAGAAGAGGUGGAGCUGCCUGUGGAGAAGGUAGACAUCAUCAUCAGCGAGUGGAUGGGCUACUGUCUGUUCUAUGAGUCAAUGCUCAACACGGUGAUCUUUGCCAGGGACAAGUGGCUGAAACCUGGAGGGCUUAUGUUUCCAGACCGGGCAGCUUUGUACGUGGUAGCAAUUGAAGACAGACAGUACAAGGACUUCAAAAUCCACUGGUGGGAGAAUGUCUAUGGCUUUGAUAUGACCUGUAUCCGGGAUGUUGCCAUGAAGGAGCCCCUGGUGGACAUCGUGGAUCCAAAGCAAGUGGUGACCAAUGCCUGUUUAAUAAAGGAAGUGGACAUUUACACAGUGAAGACGGAAGAGCUAUCAUUCACAUCUGCCUUCUGCCUGCAGAUACAACGAAAUGACUACAUCCAUGCCCUGGUCACCUAUUUUAAUAUUGAAUUUACCAAGUGCCACAAGAAAAUGGGGUUUUCCACAGCCCCCGAUGCCCCCUACACCCACUGGAAGCAGACUGUCUUCUACUUGGAAGAUUACCUCACUGUCCGGAGAGGGGAGGAAAUCUAUGGGACCAUAUCCAUGAAGCCAAAUGCCAAAAAUGUUCGAGACCUCGAUUUCACGGUAGAUUUGGAUUUUAAGGGACAGCUGUGUGAAACAUCUGUAUCUAAUGACUACAAAAUGCGUUAGCACAUGUGGGAAGCUGCAGAGAGCGAGCAAGAAGAGAAACUCUUACCUCGAUCUGCGGCUCUGUCACAAGGAAUACCGUUUGCAGGACUACACACUCGAAAACCAGAGUUUUAAAUUCUGCCUUGAAGAUUGGUGAACUCACCAGGGCUCCCGUGAGCCCUGCCACUGGACAGAGAGCCUCCAGCUCCUCAGCUCUGCUCUGGGAGCCCUUCACAGAGGCUUUGUUGUCGCCGACAAAGAGCAACCUCCAGUGCUGUGGCUGGGACCCCGAGGAUGGAAAAGUACACAUGUAUACCCGUUGUCCUCCUUAACUGUGAACCUCCGGAACUUCCAAGUUUUGCAUGCUGCAGGCAUCUAGGACAGAUUGCUUCACUAGAACCUGGAGACAUAGUGUCUUUGAUAGCAUAAGCCAGAUUACCUAUCUGUGAGGUGGUGUGUGCGUGUGUGUGUGCGCGUGCGUGUGCGUGUGUGUACGUGCACAGCAUAUAUAUUAGUUUCUUUACCCACAAUACCUGUAUAUGGGUAUAUUUCUGUGUUCAUUCAGGGUGUGUGUGUGUGUGUGUGUGUGUGUGUGUGUGUGCGUGCGUGCGUGUGCGUAGAAUAUCUAUUACUCUCAGAGGAGAUUCUGUUGCUUUCAAAUAGGAAUUUGUUUUGUGAUUAGUUCUCCCCCUUCCCCACCCCCUACAGAUGUUAAGCAACUAUGAAAUGUUCUCUGUACUAGCUCUGGUCUCCUUUUGACUAGACUGUGGCUCUGAACCCUGAGCAUAGUACCACGCACUCUGUUGGCACUCAA